UGACAUAAAGUGAGAAAUUGAGAAGAUUCCCUCUAAUUUAUAAUAGUCAAAAUAUUCUAAAUGCGGCUGACAUUAAGAAAGAAGGGGGUAGAUUUGUUUUUUUUUUUUUUUCUUCUUUUUUAUAAGUUUUUGGAGGAAAAAUAAUAAUAGCAGUUGAAUUUAGUGUAGCUUUAUUAAGUUGAAUUCAUAUUAAUUGAACCCAAAGGAAAAAGGUUUAAUUAAAUCCUCCGAGCACAUUGCUCCAAAUACGCAAAGGCCAGCCCAGAAAACAAAAAUCCAAAAUCCAAAAUCCAAAUCCCUACAAUCAUCCCUACAAUCCUCCCUCUAUUUCCCACAUAAUACAUCAUCAAAGCCGCUGAACACUCCGCCACUUCCAAAUCUCUGGCAACCACCCUUCACCGCCGGCAAACUCUCCCGACCCAAUCAUACCAUCUCAUGCAUGGACACCUCCGAUGCUCCUCCACUACGAUGAGAAUAUCCUCCUCCAUCCUCACCACCUUCACCACCUUCCGCCGCCGUAUUUCCACCACCGCCACCGCCGUCUCCGACAUCUCCGAUGACAUCACCUCCCUCCUCUCCUCCAUUCUCUCUCUUCCGAAUUGGCAAAAACAUCCCUCCUUCAAACGCAUCCUUCCUUCCAUUUCUCCCACCCAUGUAUCCCUUCUCUUUGACCUUCACUCUCUCUCUCCUCAAACUGCACUCUGCUUCUUCUACUUCCUCUCUAAUCGCCCCAACUUCCGCCACAAUGCUCGCUCCCACGCCUCGCUUUUGCCCAUUUUGGUUCGAGCUAAGGAAUUUCAAAGUGCUGAGAAAAUUAGGAUGUCGAUGAUCAGGUAUUGCGUUGAUGAUUCUGAUGAGGUUAGGAAUGUUUUAGAUUCAUUGAUCAAGUUGAAUUCUCGUGAUUUGGGGGAGUUUAGAUUUAGGUUGAAUCUCAGGUGUUAUAAUUUCUUGCUUAUGGCUUUAUCUAGGUUUAAUUUGAUUGAUGAUAUGAUUCGUGUUUAUAAUACUAUGUUGAAUGAUGAUGGAAUUACGCCCAAUAUUUAUACUUUUAAUACAAUGAUUAAUGGGUUUUGUAAGUUGGGGAAUGUUGAUAAAGCUCGGGUGUAUUUGAGUAGGAUUUUGGCGGCGGGUUUGAGCCCUGAUUCAUUUACGUAUUCUUCAUUCAUUUUAGGUUAUUGUAGGAAUAAGGAUUUGGAUAGUGCUUUUAAGGUGUUUAGGGAGAUGCCGCGGAAGAAGUGUAAGAGGAAUGAGGUUUCGUAUAACUAUAUUAUUCAUGGUCUUUGUGAGGAGGGUAGGAUUGAUAAAGGGUUGCAUUUGUUGUCUAAGAUGGAGGUGGACAAUUGCCAGCCCAAUGUAAGGACAUAUACAAUUCUUAUAUCUGCGUUAUGUGGAGCAAGUAGGGGAAUUGAAGCGAUGAAAUUGUUUGAUGAGAUGAGAGGGAAAGGAUGUGAGCCAAAUGGUCAUACUUACACCGUGUUGAUUAAUUACUUGUGUAAAGAACAUAAGCUUGAUGAGGCUAGGAAGUUGUUUGAUGAGAUGUCAGUGAUGAAAGUGGUUCGUAGUGUUGUUACAUACAAUGCCCUGCUUGAUGGUUAUUGCAAGCAAGGGAAGAUUGAAGCGGGAUUCCAGAUUUUUAACCUAAUGGAGAUGAAUGGUUGUUAUCCUAAUGUUCGAACUUACAAUGCAUUGAUAUGUGGGAUUUGUAGAAUUAAUAAAGUACCUAUAGCUAUGGCAUUGCUUGAUAAAAUGGCUGCACGUAAACUAACUCCUAGUUUGAUUACAUAUAACUUGUUGAUUAAGGGGCAGUGUAAAGAUGGGCAUAUAGAAACUGCUUUUCGAUUGCUUGAUUUGAUGAAGGAAAGUGAGGUGCAACCUGAUGAAUGGACUUACAGCACUAUUAUUGACUCACUUUGUAAAGCGGGAAGGGUCCAAAAGGCUCGUGCCAUUUUUGACACUCUUAAGGAGAAUGGUGUAAAGGCAAAUGAAGUAACUUUUACUGCACUAAUUGAUGGUUAUUGCAAGGCAGGAAAAAAUGAUUCUGCCCAUGCCUUAUUUGAGAUGAUGCUCGAAGAGAAGUGCGUGCCAAAUUCUUUUGUCUACAAUGUGCUCAUUGAUGGCUUGUGCAGAGAGAAAAAAUUGAAUGAGGCUUCAUUGUUGUUGAAGAAAAUGAUAGUUGCAAAUGUGAAGCCAGAUAUAUGUACAUAUUCAAUAAUUAUUAAUGGAAUUCUCAAAGAUGGUUCUCUUGAUGUUGCUUAUGGAGUUCUAGAGCAGAUGCACACUGCAGGUUAUAAGCCUGAUGCUUGCACAUAUACUACAUUUAUCCACGCUCACUGUAGCAGGGGAAACUUAGAGGAGGCAGAAAAUUGGAUGAAGAUUAUGAUUAAAGGAGGCGUUUUGCUAGAUGUUGUCACUUACACUGUCCUUAUUGACGGGUAUGGUCGCCUAAGAUCACUAACUCAAGCCUUUAAUGUCCUCAAGCAAAUGAUGGAUGCUGACUGUGAACCUUCUGAGCUUACUUAUUCUGUUUUGAUUAAGCAUAUUUUGAAUGAGAAGCGGCUAAUUAGUGAAGAAAAAGGAACUGGUACUGAUGUGCAUAUAAAUGCCAGUUCUUCUGAUGUAGGUUAUGUUUGGAAGGUGGUGGACUUUGAAACAGUUAUAGAGCUCUUAAAAAACAUGACUAAACAUGGCUGUGCACCGAGCAUUAGCACUUAUAAAACUCUCAUUGAUGGGUUCUGCAAGAGAGGACGAAUCAAGGAAGCUCAAUGGCUGGUUGAUUACAUGAAACAUGGUGGAAUUCAACCUGAUGAAGGUAUCCGUAAUUCCAUCAUAAAAUGCAACUGCAUGCUAGGAUUGUAUGAAGAAGCCUUCCAGCUGAUCAAUAACAUGGUUACAAUGGGUGAGUUACCACACCUGGAAUCUUAUACAUCACUUAUAUGUGGAUUGUGUGCUAAAGAGGAUAUGAAUCAAGCAGAGGCAGUAUUUUGCAGCCUACUUCGCUGUGGGUAUAAUAAUGAUGAGAUAGCAUGGAAAGUUCUGAUUGAUGGCUUGUUGAAGAGGGGUCUUGCCGAUAGUUGCUCUGAACUAGUUAAAGUCAUGGAGAACAAUAAUUGCCACCCAAAACCUCACACUUAUUCAAUGUUGAUUGAGGGUCUUCUAGGUAUUUCAGAGGGAAAAUAACCUAUGAUAUCACCGUGGCUACCAAGUCAGAUGUAUUCUUCUUUGGUUAUUUGUGCUCCAGUAUUUUUAUAAAUGGCAAUGUAGGAUGUUGAUCCAUGUUAUGGACCAGACGAAGAUAUUCAAACUGCGAUUCAUAAUUCAAGGGGACCAAGAUCUGCUUAAUUUGCUGCAGAGAUGAGCCACUCAUCCAUGGUUAAUGAGCUGCAACGUUACGCUGUCCUCAGAAAACGAGUCGAUGAGGUUGUGGGAAGAUUUUUGCGGGAAAGCCUUAACCCUUCAGAGAGUAUUAUAAGACACCUCAUUGAAAUGGAGAUGGAUUACAUAAACACUUCCCACCCAAACUUUUAUUGGUGGAAACAGAGCACUAGAAAUGGCUCAGCAACAAAUUAGAUUAUCACUGAUAGUUGUACCAGUUUCUAGACAAAGGGAUGGUGGUGAAUCUGACACGACUCGAGUUUCUGAAAGGAGUUCGAGAUCUAGAGCAAAUGUCAGGUCACUAGCAAAUGGCUUUAUUAAGCCACCAGCCAAUGGAGUGAUAUCGGAUCAGGGAGUUCGAGCAAGUACAGAAGCAGAAAGAAAUCGACCUACUGACUAUGUAUCUACAUUGAAGACCUUGUUAACACGUGUCAUUUUGAUAUUUCUAUCUGAAGAAACUACUGGAGAGUUUCCCUGAAUAACAAGAACAUGCUGCAUGACCCUCGGCAUUCACUACCACAUCUGGUCCGACAAUCACUUGAACAUUGUCACCAUUCUACUCAGAUUUCUUGUUAAAUGUCAAAUUCGUGACAAAUAAGAGUCUACUUAUCUUUGAUGGCGUGUGGAAUGCUCAGGAUGAUAGUGCGGGGCUAGGAUGUAUUUUUCGACAUGUUCAUUCAGCAGAAGUUUUGGGUGGUAGUGCUUGGGCUUGUCGGACUUUCGUCUGCUUUCAGGCUGAAUUGCAAGCUUGCUUAGGGGCUCUUCAGGCUGCUUGUCUAAAGGGGUUUCUUCAUAUUCUUCUCUAUACUGAUUGUGCUAAUGUGAUUUCUCUCGUGUCGUGCCUGAUCUGAUGAUAUUACUUGUCUUUGUAUUCUUGAGGGUACCAGGGCUAUCCUUUCAGAAUUUUCAGCUUGUCAGAUCCGUAAAGUACAUCAUUCAGCAUUAGAACUUGGCAAUGACUAAUUGAGAAGUAUUUCGGUUUCGAGGCUGCAGUUAAGACUAAAUUGAGAAUAAAAUAAGAACGCAAUUCUUGUUAGGGUCAUCACAUAACUCUAAUCAUGUAUGUUAUAAAUUUCUGCCAACAAAGAAUCGCCCUGUUAAAUUUUUCUACCUACACCGAAAUUUGUAAUAAUUCUGUGAACGAAUGGUUUAUGCUAUGAUGUAUUCCUUAUACCUUAACUUUUGUUUCUUUCUUUACUCCUAUGGUCCUGAUUUGCUAGGUUCCUCAGCUCCUAUCCUGCCUUUGACUGCUUUUCUCCAACAUUGCACCGUAGCAUAAGGAAUUCUGUAUGUGCGUCUAACAUGAUAUGUUUUACUUACACCUGUGACCUAUCCAUUCAUGUAAGCCAUAUUGGUGCCCUGAAAAACUUUGUCUCCAAUUUCCUCAGGCUGAC